AUCUUUCUUUGACAAAAGCCAUCUGUCCUCUUUCUCUCUGUAAGAAUACCAUUUUCUCUCUCUAAAAAUUUAUCCAUGGCGCCCAAGGCUGAGAAGAAACUCGCUGAGAAGAAGCCUGCCUCUGAGAAGGCCGCAGAGGAGAAGAAAGUUGCGGAGAAAGCCCCUGCCGAGAAGAAGCCCAAGGCUGAGAAGCGCCUUCCUUCAAAGGAGGGGGGAGCUUCUGAUAAGAAGAAGAAGAGGUCCAAGAAGAGCAUCGAGACCUACAAGAUCUACAUCUUCAAGGUCUUGAAGCAGGUCCACCCUGAUAUCGGCAUCUCCUCCAAGGCCAUGGGGAUCAUGAAUAGCUUCAUCAAUGAUAUCUUUGAGAAGCUCGCACAGGAGGCCUCGAGGCUUGCUCGGUACAACAAGAAGCCCACCAUUACCUCGAGGGAGAUCCAGACCUCAGUGCGUUUGGUCCUUCCUGGUGAGCUUGCUAAGCACGCUGUCUCUGAGGGUACAAAGGCUGUUACCAAGUUCACCAGCUCGUGAAUUAGGGGUAGCGCUUUGCAAUUAGGGAUUUAGGGUUCGGGUUUCUAUUUUUUUUUUAUUAUAGUUUUUUGUUUAUUUCAGCACUUUUUGUAUAUGGAAGUGGUGCCUUGAAGGUGGAGAAAUGAUGGUGGGUGGAUUUUGAAUUUUGUUUGUGAAAACAUGUUGAAAUGCUCUUAAUUGAAAAUUGAAUGAGAAUUGACGUUUAAGGGUUUCA